AACGCCUUUUUAAGUUUUACCACUUUCGCUUUUUUGAAACAACCAAAUCUCCGAGAAAGAUUCUGAUCUUAGCGGUUUCUUCUCAUCUUUUCUAGAAUUUUCGAAUUGCUUUUCCGAAAAAUGUCAUCACUUAUUUAGCAAAUUUUACCGUUAAAGGAAGAUCGGGGCCACAAGUUUGUUCGUUCCACAUUUAAUUCAGCACAUUGUAUACGAAAUAAACGAGAAUUUUGUCUCUGAGUGAAACUAGAAACUAAGGCACAACAUUCACGUAGUUUUCUACCACGUUUUCAAUUUGAAAAUUGCUGUCGUCUAUAGAACUGACGUACAUAAUCUGUCAGUCAGCCAUUUUGGGGCGCUUUUAUUGUUAUCUCUUUCCAACACACGGGUACAAUGGAUUGUGGUACUUUCAAACAUCUAGUAACUUUAGUCUCUCCUAUCUGUACUUCCUGACUAAGCCAUCUAGGAUCUGAGUUUGUCAUUUCAUUCCAGAUAUCUCCGUAUAUCUUGAUAUUAGGUACUCCAGUAGCUCACUUUCAAACAUAUUUCUAACAUAGGCACGAAAUUCCCAACAUUUUUUAUUAUCUCUAACCCUCAUCGUUGGCUUAUCUACUGUCGACAUAAUCUAAAGCAAAUAAAGAUGCUAUACAAGUAGUUGCUAAAACUUCCAAUCUUAUCAGCCGUAGCUUGGAAAACUUAUGAUUACUCAUGAAUGUGGAUCUUAAUAUAUUACAGUGUAAUUAAUAAUGGGGAAUCUACUUCAAAAUGAGAGUCACGAUCGUGUGCACUUUAUGUUAUGUACUUGCAGUACUGGUGCGGGAUAGUUCUAGCCGUAUGCUAAGAAGUACCGAAAACGAGGCCGGCUGUCCAGAUGACGAUUACAAGUUGUAUAAUGAUCUGUUAUUUACAAGAAGGCGUAAUGGUCUUAGUAACCCUAUGUUCCAUUGGUCGAAGGGUAUCGUCUGUUUUGUGAUAAGUGGAAACUUUACUGCAGAUGAAGUACUCAUAAUUCGUACAACACUAAACACAGGAUUCAGGCAGACAUGUCUUAAACCUACAGAAUGUGUUGAUUGCUGCGAUGGCGAUUACAUUGAAAUAUCGAAUAAUGGUAUGGGUUGCUUAACUAACGCUGGACACCUUGGAUACCGUCAGGACAUAUUCCUAGGUGCAGGAUGUGUAAAUCGCAGAGCGGUGCUGCACCUAUUCUUACACUCAGUGGGAUUUCUACAUGAAAUAACAAAUCCAGAUAGGGACCAAUACGUUGACAUUAUAGAAGAUAACAUAGAUCCAGAUCAGUUGUACAACUUUGAUAAGUAUUCAUCACAGUUCGUCACAAGUUUCGGGCAACCCUUUGACUAUUGCAGCAUCAUGCAGUACAGUGAAUGCGCAUUUUCCGCAAAUGGGAAGAAAACCAUUGUCCCUAAAUGGAAACCAGAUUGUGAUAUGGGGAAAGUGGAAUCUCUAAGCGACAUUGACAUACGGAAAGUGAACUUAAUGUAUAAUUGCAGUAUACAACUCAAUACCUAAGUCUUAUGUCUAAAGCCCGUUUGUAACGAUUACUUAUUUAGUCAAAUUUUUAGUCCUUUUUUACUUCAAUAAAUAUCAUUCUAUCCUAAAAAUGUAAUGAAUGAUGAAACUGUAUGUAACGUUCCGUAAUAUUGUCUAUGUUAUAUUAAAUCAGAGACUAAAUAUUUACUUUCUGUAAACUAAGGUCUCUACUGUCAACGUAUUA